GAUGUUUAAUAUGUUUAUGAAAAUUAAACCAUCUAAGUAAUACCCUCUUUGUACCAAAUUUUGUAAAACUUUCUAAAGCUGAAUUUAGCAAUGGAUUAUGAUCCAUCGGAUGAGAAAAAGGCUAUUGAUGAUACAAAAGCUGGUGUUAAGGGACUAGUUGAUUCUGGAAUAGUCAAGAUUCCAAGAAUUUUCAUUAGGCCACCUCAUGAACUUGCUGAGGAGUUGAAUAUGUGCAAGUCAACUCUACAGGUUCCGGUGGUGGAUCUAAGUGGCAUUGAAGUUGAAGAUCGGCGUAAGAUCAUUGUUGAUGAAAUAAGGGAAGUAUCUGAGACACUGGGACUUUUCCAAGUGAUAAAUCAUGGGAUUCCUUCAAGAGUUUUGGAAGGAAUGAUUGAUGGGACUCGUAAAUUUCAUGAACAAGAUGUCGAAGUGAAGAAAGAGUACUAUUCGUCUGAUCCAACAACCAGACGAGUUAGAUAUGAUGGCAAUGUUCAUGUGUACAAAACAGAAGGAAAGACUGCACACUGGAAGGAUACAUUGUAUGUCGCUGGGCUAGUUUCUGGUCACAUUGAACCUGAAGAAUUACCAGAAGUUUGCAGGAAGGAAUACGUUGAGUACACAAAUCAUGUCGAUAAACUAGGGGAAAUUCUUUUUGGCAUACUAUCAGAAGGUCUUGGGCUCAAACCUGACCAGUUGAAAGCUACAGAAUGUGCCAAAGAACAAGGGAUGGCAUGCCAUUACUACCCGAAAUGCCCACAGCCAGAGCUAACUCUUGGUACUGGUAAGCAUACGGAUCCUGUUUUCCUUACGUUUAUCCUUCAAAAUCAGAUUGGUGGGCUUCAAGUCAUGUGUGAUAACCAAUGGGCGGAUGUUGAACCGAUUGAACAUGGUUUGGUUGUUAUUAUUGGUGACCUUCUUCAGAUCCUAUCAAAUGACAAGUUUGUAAGUGCAACUCAUAGAGUUGUAGCAAAUGAGGCAGCAGAACCAAGGAUUUCAAUUAUAUUCUUCUUCAGUGGAGUUUCUACACCUCCAAAGAUGUUUGGUCCAAUCAAAGAGCUCAUAUCAGAACAAAACCCCCCACUGUAUAAACAAGUUCUAGUGGUUGAUUAUGUCUCAUACUUUUUGUCUAAACCACUUGAUAAGACUAGUCUUGAUCUUGUUAGACUCUGAAGAAUCGCUAAGCGAAAAUAACCAUAAACCAUCAGAAAAGACUAUCAUCAUUCAUAUAUGUCAUAGUUUGUGAUUUGCGGUAAAAUAAUGUUCAUUUUCAUGUUGAAGGAA